AUGGCUUCGCAGUCUUACGUUUUGGGUGUAGGGUUGACCCAGUUCCUAAAGCCACGUCGAAUCCGUGAAUAUCCCGAGCUAGGUUAUGAAGCAGCAGUAAAGGCACUGACUGAUGCACACAUUACCUAUGAUGAUGUACAAGCAGGUGUGGCGUGUUACUGCUACGGCGACACGACUUCAGGGCAACGGAUCAUGUACCAGUUAGGAAUGACUGGGAUCCCUAUCUACAACAUUAACAAUGCCUGCGCCACGGGAUCGACUGGGCUUCAUCUUGCACGCACCCUAGUAAGGGGAGGUCAGUCUGAUUGCAUCCUCGUUGUUGGUUUCGAGCAAAUGCGCCCAGGGUCAAUCAAAAGUGUGUGGGAUGAUCGGCCUAGCCCAAUGGGUCCAUCAACGAAAUUGAUGGAGGAGACAUAUGGCAAACACCAAAGUCCCCGAAAUGCUCAGUACUUUGGCAAUGCUGGAAAUGAGUACAUGCAGAAAUACGGAGCUAAAGUGGAAGAUUUCGCUGAGAUUGCUCGUGUAUCUCAUGAGCACUCACAGCGAAAUCCAUACGCCCAAUUUCGAACUUCCUACAGUCUAGAGCAGAUCUUGGACCCCAAGACUCAGAUCUAUGGCCCUUUGACCAAGCUUCAAUGCUCUCCAACUAGCGAUGGAGCCGCAGCGGCAGUCAUUGUAUCGCAAGGAUUCUUGGAUGCACGUCCUCACCUGAAAUCGCAGGCCAUCCUCAUGGCUGGCCAGCAGCUACUCACCGAUGGACCGGAGGUGUAUUCUGGAAGUGCCAUAGAUCUUGUCGGAUUCAGUAUGUCGCGCCAAGCUGCACAGCUAGCGAUGCAAGAAGCUGGCGUUGAAGCAAAGGAUGUCAAGGUUUGCGAACUUCACGAUUGCUUUUCUACCAACGAGCUUCUUUUGCUUGAUGCGCUGGGGUUUUCAGAACCAGGGAAGGCGCAUGAGAUGGUACGGCGGGGCGAUAUCACGUAUGGAGGUCGUGGCCUAGUGGUGAAUCCAUCAGGAGGACUGAUUUCCAAAGGUCACCCUCUAGGCGCCACUGGGUUAGCUCAGUGUGCGGAACUCACCUGGCAGCUCCGCGGCUGGGCCAACAACCGUCUUGUUCCUGACGUUGAUGUCGCUUUACAACACAAUCUUGGGUUAGGAGGAGCGGUGGUUGUCACUAUUUAUAAGCGAGCUGACGGAAAGGUGAACCAUGUCGUUUCAGAUGAGGAGGUCAAGAGAGUUUGUGGCCUGGGAUAUAAUCCAGCCGUGGAAGCUCGAUAUAUUAUGCCUGAAGAUGGUGAACGCGUGCAUAGUAAGACAAAGCAUGAAUGGCCGUUACGAGAGACAGCAGAGAAGCUCAAAGCACGAAUAUAA